AUUUUAAAUAACCAAAAGAAAAAGAUAGAAACAAACAAACCGAGAAUUAUGAGAGAGAGAGAAUGACAGAUAGAUAGAUGAAGAAUAUGAGGUCGGGAAACAGAGCUUCAUGAUUUUUCUCUUCCCCCAGAGGAAUUUUCACACAUCUGUCUGAUACUUUUAUCUUUUAAUUAAUUUGUCUCCUGUACUCCCUCCGAUAAUCGAUCAUCGUAGCACGCGAAUGGAGGAGUUAAAACCUCCUGAAGUUGAAACCAGUUCAGAACCAGCUACUAGAACAUCUGAGGCUACUGUAACCGCAGAUGCUGUUAGUGAUAAUGCUGCAACAGUAAUUCCACCACCAAGUCAAACAGAUGGCUCAACUACAGGCAAUGCCACGGGAAGUUAUGUCGACGACACGUCGCAGCCAUCCAGUUUCUCUAAUCCCGAGGAAUCUUCCUUUAUUGCUUCCCAUGAAACUGCAACUACUGUUGAAAAAGUAACUCCUAAUCCAACGAUCAGUGGAAAAGUGUCGGAGACCAAUGAAAUCACGGGUGAGAUCGGUUUACCUCGUGUAAAGAUUACAGAAGGUACAUCAAGAAACGGUGGAACUUCAUCAUCAUCUCAUGGAUCACCCGUGGACUCCUCCUACAGAGGCCUAAUCGACACAGCUGCACCGUUCGAAUCAGUUAAAGAAGCCGUCUCGAAGUUCGGAGGAAUCACCGACUGGAAAUCUCACCGAAUCCAAACGGUAGAGAGACGCAAGCUCAUAGAAGAAGAGCUCAAGAAGAUUCAGGAGGAGAUCCCCGAGUACAGAACCCACUCAGAAACCGCCGAGGCCGCGAAGCUCCAAGUCCUCAAGGAGCUAGAAACCACAAAGAGGCUCAUCGAACAGCUGAAGCUUAACCUGGAGAAAGCUCAAACAGAAGAGCAGCAGGCGAAGCAGGACUCCGAGCUCGCUAAGCUGAGAGUCGAGGAGAUGGAGCAAGGAAUCUCCGAUGACGUCAGCGUCGCUGCUAAGGCCCAGCUCGAGGUGGCCAAGGCGAGGUUUGCCUCAGCAGUUACAGAGCUUCGUUCGGUCAAAGAGGAGCUAGAGACUCUGCGUAGUGAAUACGAUGCUCUGGUGAAAGAUAGAGAUGAAUCUGUUAAGAAAGUCGAGGAAGCGACCUCGGCUUCGAAAGAAGUCGAGAAGAGAGUCGAGGAACUCACCAUAGAGCUGAUCGCUACAAAGGAGUCGCUGGAGUCAGCGCACGCUUCUCACCUGGAGGCCGAGGAGCAGAGGAUCGGAGCAGCCAUGGCGAGGGAUCAGGAUGCGCACCGCUGGGAGAAGGAGCUGAAGCAGGCGGAAGAGCAAGUCCAGAAGCUUAACCAAGAGAUACUUUCUUCCAAAGAUCUCAAAUCGAAGCUCGACACCGCCUCGGCGCUGCUUCUUGAUCUAAAGGCGGAGCUGGUGGCUUAUAUGGAAUCCAAGCUAAACCAGGAAGCGCGCGACCUUCCAUCAGAAAGCCAUCACGACGCUUCAAAGAAGGAACUAGAAGAUGUGAAGACAAGUAUCGAGAAAGCAGCAGCUGAAGUGAACUGCUUGAAAGUAGCCUCGGAGUCCUUGCAGCUGGAGCUCGAGAAAGAGAAGUCAGCUCUCGCCUCGGUCAAACAGAGAGAAGGAAUGGCUUCAAUAGCAGUUGCUUCGCUAGAAGCAGAGAUCGAGAGAACGAGGUCGGAGAUAGCUUCGGUUCAGUGCAAGGAGAAAGAAUCUAGAGACAAAAUGGUUGAGCUGCCCAAGCAGCUUCAGCAAGCGGCGGAAGAGGCCGACGAAGCGAAGUUUCUCUCAGAACGCGCUCGCGAAGAGCUGCGAAAGGCCAAGGAAGAAGCGGAGCAAGCGAAGGCUGGAGCAAGCACAAUGGAGAGCAGGCUGUUCGCCGCGCAGAAAGAAAUCGAGGCGGCUAAGGCCUCCGAGAGGCUGGCCUUGGCCGCCAUCAAGGCUUUGGAGGAGAGCGAAUCAACGUCGAAGGAUAACGACGUCGUUACGCUCUCGCUAGAAGAGUACUAUGAGCUGAGCAAACGCGCUCACGAGGCGGAAGAAGCGGCGAACGAAAGAGUAGCAGCAGCGGUGUCUCGGAUCGAGGAAGCUAAAGAGGCAGAGAGGAGGAGCUUGGAGAAGCUGGAAGAAGUGAACAGAGACAUGAAUGCGAGAAAGAAAUCGCUGAAAGAAGCAACCGAAAAGGCUGAGAAGGCGAAAGAGGGGAAGCUAGGGGUGGAGCAGGAGCUGAGGAAGUGGAGAGCAGAGCAUGAACAGAAGAGAAAAGUUGGUGGUGACACUGAGAAAAUCAUAAGAGCAAGCUCUGCAGGAGCUAAUGAGCUGAGUAAGUUGGCGCAGUCACCUGAGGCUUAUGCCUACAGCCCAAGUGAAUCAUAUGGAACAGAAGAUAACUCUGAAACCAGUCAGUUCCCACCGAGCAAGCCUGGUAAGAAGAAGAAGAAGCUUUCGCUCCCACGGUUUCUUAUGUUUUUGUCAAAGAAGAAGUCACAUAAUUGAGUUUGUUACCAGUUCAAUUAUUCAAACACAUUGUUAAUAAUGUUUCUCACUUUUUUUGGAGCUUUGCACACGAUCUCCAUUUGAAAUUUGUGUUUUGUAAAUUGCGAAUUUUAUUUGCAUUGUCAGUCGACUCCUUA